UUAGCUAGUAAAAUCAUGGAAAUCUUUUCGUCACAAAGUACUCUUCUCGUCUCUUUGUUUUCAUGCACCAUUUUAGUAAUCUUUACUUGUGUCAAAUGGAUUUCAUUUAACUUCAAGGAUAAGAAAACCAUACCACCAUCUCCACCUAAGCUUCCAAUAAUCGGAAACUUUCACCAAAUAGGCUCGACCCCUCAUCUCAACCUCCAAACAUUAUCCCAAAAAUACGGUCCACUCAUGCUCCUUCACCUUGGUAGCGUCGCCACACUUAUAGCGUCCUCUGCUGAAGCUGCCCGAGAGAUCUUGAAUACCCAUGAUCUCUCAUUUUGUAGUCGGCCUUGCUUUACGAUGCCCAACAUACUAAUGUAUGGCUCUAAUGAUGUAGGAUUUUCUCCUUAUGGCGAGCACUGGAAGCAGUUGAAGAGCAUUAUGAUGCUCAAGCUUCUAAGUAAUACACGAGUUAAGUCAUACCAAAAAGUGAGAGAAAGCGAGAUAGGUCAUAAGAUUAAAGUGCUUGAAGAAAGUUGCGGGACACGGACAACCGUUGAUAUGGGGUCGAUGUUUGUUUCAUUAACAAAUAACAUAAUUUGUAGGGUUACCCUCGGAAGUAAAUUUGAUGGAUUAAAAAACACAGAUCUAAUAAGAAAGUUCAUGGCCAUGUUUACUGUCUUUAAUAUUGGCAGUUAUAUUCCAUGGUUAUCAUGGGUAGAUCUAAUCACUGGUUCUAUAGGAAGAGCAGAAAAAGUAGCUAAAGAAUUUGAUGAGCUGCUCGAAGAGGUUAUUGAAGAACAUGUAAACAAGAAAAAAAUAGAGGAUGCUAAAAGUGAUGAAGAUGAAGAAGACUUCAUUGACAUUUUAUUAGAUCUCCAAAAAUAUAACACAACCGGGUUUGCCCGUCACAACGAUUCCCUUAAAGCUCUCAUCGUGGAUGUGCUUGUAGCUGGAACUGAAGCUACACAUUUAGCUCUACAAUGGACAAUGAGUGAGCUUAUAAAAAACCCAAGAGUAAUGAAAAAGCUCCAACAAGAAGUAGCCGAAAUAGCACAAGGAAGAUCAAUGAUUUCCGAGGAGGAUUUGGAGAAAAUGGCUUAUCUUAAGGCUGUCCUAAAAGAGUCUUUGCGAUUGCAUCCAUCAGCCCCACUUCUUGUUCCUCAUAAAUCAAUGCAAGAUGUAAAACUAAUGGGGUAUGACAUUGCAGCAGGCACACAGGUGAUCAUCAAUGCUUGGGCAAUAGGAAGAGAUCCUGCCUCGUGGGAAGAGCCAAAUGAGUUUCGGCCUGAGAGGUUCUUGAACAAUUCCAUUAACUAUCAAGGGUUGCAUUUUGAAUGGAUUCCAUUUGGUGCUGGCUGAAGAAAAUGUCCCGGUAUUCAAUUUAGUGUGUCCGCUAACGAGCUCGCAUUAGCUAAUGUUGUUUACAAGUUUGAUGUGUCGUUGCCAAAUGGUAUAAAAAUUGAGGAUUUGGACAUGAGCGAGGCAAGUGGUUUGUCAUUGCAAAGGAAGUCCCCUCUUUUGGUUUCGGUGACUCGUCGGUUCUAG